AUGGCCAGCAAAAGCAAAGCCCGCGUGACUGCAUUUACGGACCUCUCCUCCUCAGACGCCAAAUGGGUCAAGCUGCAAAAAAUCGACUACAUCGACGCCAAAGGCACGUCGCGAGUAUGGGAAGUCGCGACGCGCAAGACGCGCGGCAAAGCGGGUGUCGACGCCGUUGCCAUGGGCAACAUCAUCUACCACCCAUCCAAGCCGCCGUCUACGAUCGUAGUCCUGCAGUUCCGGCCGCCCGUGGAGGCCACGACGGUCGAGUGGCCCGCGGGCCUCAUCGACGCGAAUGAGCAGCCAGAGGAAGCCGCUGUACGCGAGCUGUACGAAGAGACGGGGUACCGCGGCAAAGUAGUGAGCACGAGUCCCGCGGUGGCAGCGGAUCCAGGCAUGACGAAUGCGAACAUGUGUCUUUGCAUGAUGGAGGUGCAUUUGAAGGAGGGUGAGCCGGAGCCGGAGCAGCAUUUGGACGAAGGAGAGGAUAUUCUGAGGGUGAAUGUACCGUUGGCGGAGCUCUAUGAGAAGCUGGAGGGGUGGGCGAAGGAGGGGUACGUAAUUGCAGCCAAGUUGUAUCAUUGGGCUGCUGGCGUGCAGUACGCGAUGGAUCAUCCCGAGCUGUUCAAGAAGCUGGAUCAGCCGGGCGCUGGUGCCUGA